CGCGUACGCACACACACACGACCAAGAACGAGCCACCACGUCGCGUAUCAUUGCUCAGUUGCAUCGAGGCGUGACUGUUUGUGUCCCCUCCAUCUUCUCAACCUCCACCAGAACCGCACGCGCUUCCCGCUUGAUCUCUCCUCAGAGACACCUGCAAGAAGCCACCACCAUCAUGUCUGAGACAACGACAACAUGGACUGCGGACAAGGUUCGCGGCAAGUUCAUCUCCUACUUUGAGGAGCGCGGCCACAAGUUCUGGCCCUCCUCCUCCACCAUCCCCUUCAACGACCCCACCCUCCUCUUCGCCAACGCUGGCAUGAACCAGUACAAGGCCAAGUUCCUUGGCACGGACAGCAAGGACACGGAUCUGGGCAAGCUGACCCGCGCAGUCAACAGCCAGAAGUGCAUCCGCGCCGGCGGCAAGCACAACGACCUCGACGACGUCGGCAAGGACGUGUACCACCACACCUUCUUUGAGAUGCUCGGCAACUGGUCCUUUGGCGACUACUGGAAGGAGGAAGCCAUCGACUUUUCCUGGGAUCUCCUCACCAACGUCUUCCAGCUUGACCCGAACCGGCUGUACAUCACGUACUUUGAGGGCGACAGCGUGGUGCCGGCCGACGAGGAGACGCGCAGCCUCUGGAUGAAGCACGUCCCGCCAGAGCGCAUCCUCCCCUUUGACCGCAAGGACAACUUCUGGGAGAUGGGUGAGACGGGUCCUUGCGGGCCGUGCACGGAGAUCCACUACGACCGCAUUGGCGGCCGCGACGCAUCCCACCUCGUCAACAUGGACGACCCAGACGUCCUCGAGAUCUGGAACCUCGUGUUUAUGCAGUACAACAACGAGGGCAACGGCGUGCUGAAGACGCUGCCUGCCCAGCACGUGGACACGGGCAUGGGUCUUGAGCGCAUCCUCUCCGUGCUGCAGAACAAGACGUCAAACUACGACACCGACCUCUUCCUCCCCAUCUUCGCCGCCAUCAAGGAGAAGUGCGGCUGCAGGGAGUACACGGGCAAGGUGAACGAGGCUGACACGGACAUGGUUGACACGGCCUACCGCGUGGUGGCCGACCACAUCCGCACCCUCUGCAUCGCCAUCGCCGACGGCGGUCGUCCCGACAAGGACGGGCGUGGAUACAUUCUCCGCCUCGUCCUCCGCCGUGCCAUCAGGUUCUGCGAGGAGUAUCUCGGUGCCCCCGAGUACUUCUUUGCGUCGCUGGUGCCGGUGGUGGUGGACGUGCUUGGCGACGCGUUCCCCGAGCUGAGGAAGGACCCCGAGGAGACAAUUGCCGUCCUGAAGGAGGAGGAGAGGCAGUUCCGCCGCACCCUCUCGCGUGGCCGCCGCUACUUCAAGCGCGCCGUUGCCGCUGUUGGCGAGGACGGUGUCAUUGACGGCGACACGGCCUGGCGCCUCUGGGACACAUACGGCUUUCCCAUCCACCUCACAAUUGUGAUGGCUGAGGAGCGCGGCCUGAAGGUCGACAUGGACGGAUUUGAGGCCGCAAAGGCCCGCGCCGUCGAGAUUUCGCGUGCCGGCGGCGCUGCUGGGGAGACGAACCUCGACCUGGACGUCAACACGCUCGACGAGCUCAAGAAGAAGGGUGUCCCCGGCACCGAUGACGCUGCCAAGUAUGCGUACACCCGCGAUGAGAACGGAUCGUAUUCGUUCAGCGAUGCCGAGGGCACGGUGCUUGCGCUGCUGACGGAAGAGGGCGGUCUUGUGGACCGCGUGUCCGUCUCCGAGGACGACGAGGAGCUCCCGGUUGGCGUGGUCCUCGACAAGACAAACUUCUACGCUGAGCAGGGUGGCCAGAUUUACGACACUGGUCGCUUUGAAAGCACGACGGGCGCCCCCCUUGAGUUGGACGUCUUCAACGUGCAGAAGCGCGGCGCCUACUGCCUCCACGUCGCAACCCUCGCACAGGGCGAGCUGAAGGUUGGCGACAAGCUCACCCUCAAGUUUGACCACGACCGCCGCCGGCCGUGCAUGUCGAACCACACGGCCACGCACGUGCUCAACUACGCCCUCCGCUCCGUCCUCGGCGAGGCAGACCAGAAGGGCUCCCUUGUUGAGCCCGAGCGCCUUCGGUUUGACUUUACGGCAAAGAAGGGCAUGACGCCAGAGCAGCUCAAGCAGACGGAGGAGGUGGUCAACAAGAUUGUCAACGCCAACUACACCGUCUACGACAAGGACACGCCGCUCGCCCAGGCCCGCGCCAUCAACGGCCUCCGCGCCAUGUUCGGCGAGACGUACCCUGAUCCCGUGCGUGUGCUCUCCGUGGGUGCAAGCAUCGACGACAUGGUUGCUGACCCAGCCGCCUCUUAUGCUGUCGACUACUCGGUCGAGUUUUGCGGUGGAACGCACGUGAAGAACUCUGGGGACAUUGGUCCAUUCACGAUCCUGUCUGAGGAGGCCGUCGCCAAGGGCAUUCGCCGCAUCGUCGCCGUCACGGGCCAGGAGGCCCUCAAGGCCCACCGCGCUGCCGAUGCGUAUGAGCGUCGCAUCCGUGAUGACCUCGACGCCAAGGAGGUGACGUCGCUUGAUGCAGAGCUCGGCACAGCCACCAUCCCCGCCGUCCGCAAGGAGGAGAUGCGCGCCCGCCUGAAGGCAAUGAGCAAGAAGCACGCUGAGGCGCGCCUUGCCGAGCGCAAGGCCAAGGCCGCCCACGCCAAGACGCGCGCCAACGAGCUCAUCGAGGAGAAGCCCGAGGGAUUCGUUGUCGAGACGCUCGACGUCGGCGCAAACGCAAAGGCUAUUGGUGAGGCGCUGAAGCUGCUGAAGAAGAAGCUGCCUGAUGUCGCCUUUAUGUUUUUUGGUGCCGAGGAGGGCGCCGUCGCAUACACGUGCCAGGUCCCCAAGGCUAUGGUCGAUGAGAAGGGCAUCAAGGCCUCGGAAUGGAUCAAGCGCGUGAACGAGGUGCUCGGCGGCCGCGGCGGUGGCCGUGAUCUCGUUGCCCAAGGCACUGCUGACGACAGCACAAAACUGACGCUUGCCCAGGAGGCCGCCCGCGCCUACAUUGAGGAGCGUCUCUCCGCUUAGGAAGGGAACACCGGUGCAUGCAGGCAUCCACCGACACACACUGCAUGGCAUGCACGGCGUGAUGCAAUGACGUCUGUCGUGAACGUCGUAUGUGUUUGUUGGAUGUGUGCUGGCCACGUGUUGCACAUGUGUUGUUAGUGCAACGCGCAGCCACACCUGGUGCACUUCUCCCUUGUCCUCUCUUUUCUUUUGUUGUUUGUGUUUGCUGUUGCGGGCUCACCCCACCCCUUUGUCAUAACCUCUGUCGUUGUUUUACUGGGUUUGUUGUGAAUUGAAGUUGGGGUGGGGGGGGGAAGGGAGGGAAUGGGUUGAUGAGUGGUGACGUAUGACGCAUGACGUGAUCGCGCAUGUGUUGUGUAGCCGCCCUCGCCAACGCUUUGCGUUGAUCAUGGUUUCGCGUCCCUGCUCCACCGCACACCUGUCUCUCCUCAUCUCCCGUUGGCUUUGCUGCACUCCUUUGCAUUCAUUGCCUUGGAUGGCAACUUCAUCGUUUUCUUCAUCCUUCCAUUAGAAACAAAAGCUAUGAA